GUGCGACCGCAGCAGCGAUCGAGUGUACAAGUGAUUGUUUAAUAAUAAAUAGCCGAAGCAUGUUCUCCAAACUGAGCACACGCGGCAUUGCCAGCCGUCUGGGCAGCCUCGCCCAGAAGACACAGCCCAAAGAGACGCAGUCCACAGAGGCGGCGGGCAGCAGCGCCUCCGCCGCGGUAUUUGCACGUGAGCAGAAAUACGGCGCACACAACUAUCAUCCACUGCCCGUGGCUUUGAGUCGUGGUGAGGGCGUAUUUGUUUGGGAUGUGGAGGGCAAGCGCUACUUUGACUAUCUCAGCGCCUACUCGGCGGUUAAUCAGGGCCAUUGUCAUCCCAAAAUAAUCCAGGCACUCAACGAACAGGCAACCAAACUAACGCUGACGUCACGCGCCUUCUAUUCGGAUGUGCUUGGCGAGUACGAGGAGUAUGUGACCAAAUACUUUGGCUUUGACAAGCUGCUGCCCAUGAACACGGGCGUCGAGGGCUGCGAGACUGCCUGUAAGUUGGCACGCAAGUGGGGCUACAUGGAGAAGAAGAUACCCGCGAAUCAGGCCAAGAUCAUCUUUGCCAAGAACAAUUUCUGGGGACGCACGCUGGCCGCUGUGUCCGCUUCGAGCGAUCCCAGCAGCUAUGAGGGCUUUGGUCCCUUCAUGCCUGGCUUCCAGCUGGUGGACUACAGCAAUACAGCGGCGCUGGAGCAGGCGCUGCAGGAUCCGAAUGUGUGCGCAUUUAUGGUGGAGCCCAUACAGGGCGAGGCUGGCGUCGUGGUGCCCGACGAGGGUUAUCUGCGUCAGGUGCGCGAGCUGUGCACCAAGCACAAUGUGCUCUGGAUUGCGGAUGAGGUGCAGACGGGCUUGGCGCGCACUGGUCGCAUGCUGGCCGUGGACUACGAGGAUGUGAAGCCGGACAUACUCAUACUGGGCAAGGCGUUGUCCGGUGGUGUUUAUCCAGUGUCUGCUGUGCUCUGCAAUGAUCCUGUUAUGCUUUGCAUUAAACCUGGCGAGCAUGGCUCCACAUAUGGUGGCAAUCCUUUGGCCUGUCGCGUGGCCAUGGCAGCGCUGGAGGUGCUCAAGGAGGAGCGCCUGGCGGAGAAUGCCUACAAGAUGGGCGAGCUGCUGCGCAGCGAACUCUCCAAGCUGCCCAAGGAUGUGGUGUCGGUGGUGCGCGGCAAGGGUCUACUCAACGCCAUUGUGAUUAAUCCAAAACACGAUGCCUGGGAUGUGUGCCUGAAGCUGAAGGACAAUGGGCUGAUUGCCAAGCCCACACAUGGGGACAUUAUACGCUUCGCUCCGCCGCUGGUGAUCAAUGAGGCGCAAACGCUGGAGAGCAUUGACAUCAUCAAGAAGACCAUACUCUCCAUGUAGUUUAGCCCUAGUUUUAGUUUUUACAGCAAACAACAAAGUCUGAGAAUACGCUUUAUUACCUGAUUGCUUUUAAAGUUAUAGAUUCGCUCUUAUUAAAAUAAAAAUAUUUGCAUUUUCAACUA